GCCAAACUCGCAGCGCUCGCCUGCUCGACAGCUUCUUCGCAGAGAAGAGGCUCAUAGCUUACUUGCUCGUGGACGCGACCAGACCUGUAGAAGCGCCACGCCCAGCAGCAGCACUUGCGUAAGAAAUCAGGGCCGUACUUCGCCUCCAAGUUGUGCGCUCUUCGCUGGUAGCCGGACACAACUCAUUACGAUGCAGAGCCCACGCGAGAUCUCAUCCGAGCGCCAAGGCGCGCUAACGCCCGCCACCGCUCGCCUGGUGACCAAGCUGGGCGGCGAGCUACCCGAGAGCGGCGCCACGCCGCGCAUGCUCGACCCGAACUCCGCGCGCCAGCCCUGGGCCAACCUCAGUGUAGACACCGCGGUAACCACAGACGAAGACGUCGUUGCCGUCAUCCCCACUGCUUCUACCGCAGCUCAAGCUAUUAAUGCCGCAUCUUCGAUGCGCUCUGGAUCAGGUUCUAGCCAAGUGGCGCUGCCGGCCGGUCUGCUGCCGGAACGGUACACUGCCGACUUGACGCACUGGCAGUCACCGGCCGACUUGCCGGAACGCCGCCUCAUGGUCCAACGCAUCAUUGCUAUGACUCGCAGUAAGCGCGUGGAGACUGCAGCAUGCGCCGACACGCGCACGCCGUCGCUAGCUAAACGUAUCGAGCUGUCACUGUACUCCCGCGCGGCCUCGUUCCACGAGUACCGCGACCUUAAUACACUACGCCGUCGACUACAAUCACUCGUGUCGCUGAGCUUCCAUGAGGCUGCGGUGUCGCGCCGCCGGCGCGCUGCCAUGAUGUCGGGCAACGGCCCCGUCACAGCCGUACCACAACUCGGCAAACGGAAGUGCAGAGCCAUGACGCCUUUCGGGGUGUCCAGACUCACCAUCAAACGCCCACGCGCCGAGUGCAUCGGAUCCACUUCAAGCUGCACGCCACGCACUACUUCCAACAUGGAGGACGAUGCGCCUUUCUUUAUCAUGGAUGAGGCAGUGUUAGGCCUCGUAUUCGCCUUCCUACCCGGUCUCGAGACGAUCCGGUGUAUGCAGCUUAACCGAUUCGCACGUCGCGUUCUACCUCGCUGUGUGUUGACACUCGAAGUCGAACUUCGUCAGCUUCAGUUGGCCUACACACUACGCGCCGUCGCUGUGCCUACUCAACCGGCAGCCACCCUGUUAUGUCAGUUUCCUAACCUGACCGGUCUCACUGUCUUCAACUCGUUGAAACCGCUGUGUGACCAGCAAGAGGCCGGUCCGGCACUACACGCCUGGGGCUGCAGUGAACUGGACAUCUCUCACGAUAACGCCGGAGAGGAAGUGGUGCAGCAGCUUGCGGAAGGCAUCGAACUCGGCGCCUGUCGACGUCUCAGCAGCCUUCGUCUCGUGUCGGUGUUCACUAACACAUGUCGCGGUAACGCGCUGCACCUGCUGUGUGCUGCGCUGGUCAAGGGCUCGUGUCCGGAUUUAGAGGACUUGCUACUGGGAGGCAAUGGCUUCUCGGACGUGGGCACAGUGGACGUCGCGUGGCUGAUCAAGGUCGGAUCGCUCCCUAAGCUGGUGCGUCUGGACAUCCGUCGCAACUACAUCGGCGAGUCCGGUCUGAAGCGGAUCAUGGCUGCUCUACGUGCCGGUCGCUGCCAACAGCUCAAGUACUUAUGCAUGGGCGGCAAUAUCAUUACGGACAAUUGCGUGGCUCCGGUCGUGGAGUUGCUGUCGAGCGCUCAGUGUCCUCAGAUGCGCUUCCUCGGACUGGAGGACAACUUCCUGAGUGCACGCGGCGUUCAGUGCAUCAUCAAGGCGGCUGUGGCCGGUGGCAUGAUGCCCAAACUUCACCAUGUCUCCUGUGAUGGAAAGCUCGGCAGCGACGAGACCCAGAGCCGCUUUCGCAGCAUUUUCGAGACUUCAUCGCUGCUGAGUAAGAUGUCGUACUUCAUCCCGCCUGUCAACUACGGCAUGAUCGAGGAGGACUUGUACCGCUCAGGGCAGCCGAACGAGCUCAACUUCCCCUUCCUGGAGCGGCUGAACCUGCGCACCAUUAUUUAUUUGGCGCUGGAGGAGCCCAACCCGCAGUUCCAGAGCUUUGUGGAGGAGCAGGAGAUCCAGCUCGUUUUCCUCGGGGGCAACACGCGCAUGGAGAGCCGCCGUAAGGCCUGGGAGCCAUUGUCCGAGGAGACAGUGCUCGCUGCGCUGGACAUCAUCCUGGACCGCUCCAACUACCCACUCUACAUCACAUGCCACCUCGGCCGAGACCGCACAGGCGCCGUGGUGGGUUGUCUACGCAAGAUUCAGGGCUGGCAUCUGUCGUCCAUCUUCGAGGAGUACCGACGGUUUGCUGGCAGCAAAGUGCGGCUACAGAACGAGCAGUUCAUCGAGCUCUUCGACACGGACUUGGUGACAAUUCCAGUCAACCCGCCAUCCUGGUUGAGGAACCACCUUUAGAAAUGCAUACAACUACCUAGAAUGUUUGAAGAAAAACAAAACUACAAAUGAAACAUUGGAACUUGCAUUUAACAGUGUCGAGGUUUGUUAGAAGUUAACACAUCGCUCUGCAUGCCUUCUUGUUAAGAACUUGUGACGACGGUUCCCCGAAGUCGGCAAGCCAGCAAGUCGCUCCUUACAAGAUGCCACUUUAAAGACGGUAGAGGCGACCUGCGUAGAUAAUGACGAGAGAGUCGUGUUGCUUCUGUGUUUCUCCUUGACUGUGCUCUCCCCUCACUCAUACAAAAGCCUAAAGUCUUAGCAUCGGAAGCCUCCGACCUGCUCAAGUGCACAAUCAAUCUGGUCUUCGUCCUCAAGCUCGAGCAUCUUGGGCGUCUGGUCGCCGCUAAUACGCGUACCAUCCAGCAAGAAGCGCAGUGCGCUGGCAGGAACGCCCUUGCGCUGUGCGUAGGCGGUAAAGAUCUUGUCCAUUUUGGUGUUGGGCUUCACCUUGAAGAACGUCUCCUCGCCCGACUGGUCCUUGACUCGGAUAGUGAUGGCCUCGGCCUUCUUCUUGUCCUCUUCGUUGUUCUGGUUUGUGUUGGGAGCUGCUUCGUCGGCCAUGAUUGCGAAUGACUGGUAGCAGGUACACGGACAGUUAGUAACCUACUUGGAAGUAGUGAGAACAGGUGCAGCUUUUCUUCUCCGGGUCGAAUCUCAACCGUUUUAAGGUUACGCAGUACGAGAGAAGCACGAGGGGGAAG